CAAUUGUCAGAGUUGACUGUUGAGUGUGUAGUGGAAUUUGAUCGUUUUGUUUCUUCUUUCCAUUUUAUAUAAUUAUAAAUAAAAUUUAGUUUGUUAUUCUAAAUAAAAAUGGGUCUAGACAUUAUAGGUUUUGCUUAUGCAGCUACUGUUGCCGCCGGUGGCGUUAUGGGAUAUGCGAAAGCAGGUUCUAUUCCAUCACUUGGCGCCGGGCUUAUUUUUGGAUCUAUUUUAGGUGUGGGAGCAUACCAACUUAGCCAGGAUCCUUCAAAUUAUACUCUGAUGAUGGGAACAACUACGUCUCUUGGAGGUCUCAUGGGCUAUAGGUAUUACAAUAGUAGAAAGUUCAUGCCAGCAGGUCUAAUGUUUGUCUUAUCAGUCGGAAUGUUUGCAAAGCUGCUAGUUAAAAAUGUCACUGCCUCUCCUAUGGCUGUAAAGUCUAAUUAACUUAGUGCUCAAGUAAAAGUGUCUAGUGUAUGAAAUGUUUCAAUUGAAGUAGUGUAAAGGAGUUCCCAUUGAUACCGGUUUUUUUGUACCAAUAAGUCAAAUCAUUAUAGCAUUACAUCAAUGGUUGAGAUUCUUUCAGCCAAUUUUUUUUUGCAAUAGCAAUACAUCUAAUGCCUUCAAAAUGUGUCUCAAUGAUGUUUAUUAACUUCUUUAAUACUGUGUAUUUAUUUCCAUUUUAACUUUUGCUAUGUAAAUGAGAAGAGGUUUGACAGUUUUUUUUUAAGUGUUUGUGUUAAGAAAUAAAAAUUGUAAUUUUUAAAAUCAACUUGAUGUAUCAUUGAUACUUGUUUUUUUUUUAAUAUUUGUUAUUUUGGAAAAGAUGUAAUUAAAAAUGGUGUUGGAAUUGUUAUUAAAUAUAACUUAACUAUAACGUAUAGUUAAGUCUUAUUGUAUAAGUUAUCCUUAUUGUGGGCAAUAAAACAAAAUGUUUCGA